GCCGCGCGACCAAUGGUGGUGGCUGCAGCCUGCGAACUAGUCGGCGGCUCGGGCGCCGGCGAAGAGCGGCUCGGCGGCGGGCAGUGUAACCUUGGGUGGGAGCGCGCGGCGCCUCAACAAUGUCGUCCAGUGGCACCCUCAGCAACUACUACGUGGACUCGCUCAUAGGCCAUGAGGGCGACGAGGUGUUCGCCACGCGCUUCGGGCCACCAGGGCCGGGGACACAGGGCCGGCCCUCAGGUGUGGCCGAUGGCCCGACCGCCGCCGCCGAGUUCGCCUCGUGUAGUUUUGCCCCCAAAUCGACCGUGUUCUCCGCCUCGUGGUCCGCGGUGGCCGCCCAGCCCCCGGCGGCGGCGACGAUGAGCGGCCUGUACCACCCGUACGUGUCCCCGCCACCCCUGGCCACCGCCGAGCCGGGUCGCUACGUGCGCUCCUGGAUGGAGCCUCUGCCCAGCUUCCCUGGCGGCGCGGGCGGUGGCGGUGGCAGUGGUGGCGGCGGAGGCCCGGGUUCCGUUCCCAGUCCCGGCGGCCCAGCCAACGGGCGCCACUACGGGAUUAAGCCUGAAACCGGAGCGGCCCCGGCCCCCGCCGUAGCCUCCACCUCCUCCUCCACCUCCUCGUCCUCCUCCUCCAAACGGACUGAGUGCUCCGCGGUCCGCGAGUCCCAGGGGAGCGGCGGCCCAGAAUUCCCGUGCAACUCGUUCCUGCGGGACAAGGCGGCGGCGGCGGCGGGAGGGAACGGGCCCGGGGUGGGAAUCGGGGCCGGGCCUGGGGCGGGAGGUUCGUCUGAGCCCUCAGUUUGCAGCGAUCACCCGAGCCCGGGCUGCCCGCUGAAGGAGGAGGAGAAGCAGCAGCCGCAGCCGCCGCAGCAGCAACUUGACCCAAACAACCCCGCAGCGAACUGGAUCCACGCUCGCUCCACCCGGAAAAAGCGCUGUCCUUACACCAAAUACCAGACGCUGGAGCUGGAGAAGGAAUUCCUCUUCAACAUGUACCUCACCCGGGACCGGCGCUACGAGGUGGCCAGGAUUCUGAACCUUACAGAGAGACAGGUCAAAAUCUGGUUCCAGAACCGUAGGAUGAAAAUGAAGAAGAUGAGCAAGGAGAAAUGCCCCAAAGGAGACUGACCCAGUGCGGUCCUGGCCAGCAGCGGUCAAAGGCAGAGGAUUUUGGUU